AUAGGUAAUUAUCCCUCUUCUAGCAAAUGGCGGACGACGCCGGUGCUGCAGGAGGUGCAGGAGCAGGAGGUGCAGGAGCAGGAGGUGCAGGUGCAGGAGCAGCUGCAAGAGGGGGCUUCAGAGGUGGCUUUGGUAGUGGUCUCCGAGGCCGUGGUAGGGGUCGAGGGAGAGGUCGUGGAAGAGGGCGGGCCCGUGGCAAAGCUGAAGACAAAGAAUGGAUUCCUGUCACCAAACUUGGUCGCCUAGUCAAAGAUAUGAAAAUCAAGUCUCUUGAAGAGAUUUAUCUGUUUUCUCUUCCAAUCAAGGAGUCAGAAAUCAUUGACUUCUUUCUGGGAUCUUCCCUGAAGGAUGAGGUUCUGAAGAUCAUGCCUGUCCAGAAACAGACCCGUGCUGGUCAGCGUACCAGGUUCAAGGCUUUUGUUGCUAUUGGCGACUACAAUGGUCAUGUCGGCCUUGGUGUAAAAUGCUCCAAGGAAGUUGCCACUGCUAUUCGUGGAGCAAUCAUCUUGGCUAAACUGUCCAUCGUACCAGUACGACGAGGCUACUGGGGUAACAAGAUUGGCAAGCCACAUACUGUACCUUGCAAGGUUACUGGUCGUUGUGGAUCUGUUCUGGUGCGUCUGAUCCCAGCACCCCGUGGUACAGGAAUUGUAUCCGCCCCUGUUCCCAAGAAACUGCUGAUGAUGGCUGGAAUUGAUGACUGCUAUACCUCAGCCAGGGGUUGUACCGCUACACUUGGCAACUUUGCUAAAGCCACCUUUGAUGCGAUCUCUAAGACAUACAGUUAUCUGACCCCUGACCUCUGGAAGGAGACUGUAUUCACCAAGUCUCCGUAUCAGGAAUUCACUGAUCAUCUGGCUAAGACCCACACCAGAGUCUCCAUGCAGAGAACGCAGGCAGCGGCUGUGGCAACUACUUAAAUGUUUUUGUACAAAAUAAAGUGAUGAACACGA